UUCUAUUCUCAUCGAAUGCUUUAAUGACUACAACGGAUACAAAUUUUUCAGGGACUGCUGCCACUUGUUUGGCCGCAAGUAUACGCCGUCUCGAGUCAUCUGCUGGUGCUUUUGUUUGUACUAGUUGUUCUCAAUUUAAAGGAACCUGGGUUCAUGGGGAAUUCAUUUCUCACAUCAAUACACACCAUCACGACUCCGAGUUUAUCUCCUGUCCAUACUGCGGCUGCGACUUUCCUCGGCUUUGUCUAACUUCUCAUAUUGCGUCACAUUUUCAUAACACUUACUCCAGAUUACAAAAAUUUUGUCGCUCAUUUGAAAAUUGCUGCCCUUCGCCUGGGUGUAAUUUCCAAACCAACGAUAUAUUCGCUCUCAGGGUACACCAACAUUUCAAUCAUCCACGGGAGCAAGGAAAAUACCGAUGCUGCCACUGCUCAAAACAAGUAAACUCUUUAAACGCUCUUAAUUCUCAUAUCACCUCCAAAACUAUUCGGCUCUUCCACUGUCCAAUGUCCUAUUGUACGAUUAAAUCCCUAUCCAAAAUGGCUAUCAUUGAUCACGCUAUUCGAGUACACUCUUCACCUUCCACAUACAUACGAGAAACCAUUGAGUACAUAUGUAAAUACAAUGGAAAAUUUCCAUCCCAUCUACGCUCGUUCAUUGCCGCUGAAGAAAAAAAAGAGGCUACUGUACGUCUAUCACCAACGACGUCUCCAUCGGUCAUCCCGAGGUUGGACGAUCCAUCGAAAUGCAAGGCCCUUUGCCUUCGCUGUUCUAAGUGUAACUUCUCCACCAGAAUAUGGAAACGUUUUGAAAGUCAUCUCAAUUCUUGCGACACCGGCACUUUUACCUACACCAUUUACUGGUGUAAUGGUUGCUCAAUAGUGUCCACUGAACGGGAUCUUAUAGUGGAGCAUAUUCAGAUAAAACAUAAUUCUGAGGUUAGUUUUCUAUUUUGGGCUAACAGCGAGAUUCCACUGAAGGCCACAUGGACUACUGCGACAACUGCUGGUGUUGGUAGAAAAUCUAUGAUUAUGGACAUGUGUUAUGAAGUUGAAGUGAAUCUUAAGGAUGUGAAGAAGGUUUCCUUGCAAAGUUUGGUUUUACCUGACCCUAUUCUGCUCUCAACAAUGGCCUCCUUGCUCACCCCGUCAUCGACCAUUCCUAUGAACGUUAACUCACCUCUAUUCCCUACUUCAACAUCUGUUUUGUCAAGCGUCAAGCCCUCCACCUCAAACAUUACCAAUUUACCUCUCCCAGAUGCUAACUCCCUGCUUAAUCCAAACAGCGAACUCUUUUCGAUUAUGAUGUCGGCGUUUACCAAUCCUAACACUCUUUCUAAUAAUAACAACAGCAGUGGUAUAGAAUGCAUCAUUGAUAAUUUGAAGAGUCUCAUUCCAAAUAAUGGCCAGGUCGAUAGAGGCUCGAAUCAUUCCAUCGGAAUUGGCGAAGAUCCUUGUACACCCGCCUCCCCAUCAAACUCUGUCGGUGCUUUUAGAGAAGAUGAGAAAAUUUCCUUCUCCUUUGACGAAGAGUUAUUCCGUAAUGAAAAUAACAACCGAUUCUCUAGUGAUACGCUUGAAUCACUUGUUGAGCUGCUGCAUAAAUCUUGCUCGUACGUUAUUAGAAUUAUUGGUAAGGAGAGAAAUCGCAAAGUUCCCCAAUGCCCAGUUUGCAAUCGUACCUUCAACUAUGGUCUCCCGGAUUUUAAACGCCAUCUUUUAGCCAUGCAUCUUGACGCCCCCAGAGAUCACAUUAAAGAUCUCACUAAAUAUCUUCGUUCGUCGAAAGUCGAAUCAGCAGCAACGUCCUCGUCGUUGUCACCGUCACUUUCAUCAGAAGAACAGGAAAGGCAAGCAAAUAUGCGUCAAUGGCGUUCAACAACUAUUGAACCCGGUGUAGUCCACAUCCCUCUUCCCUAUUCCAUCACAGUUCUCGAACGUUUACUUGUACAGGAUGACGAGGUUACACCAGAACAGCGUGUUUCUAUCAUGGAAAAAAUGAAGAUCUAUUCCACAAUGAAAGCCAUCACUGAGACCAAGGAUGGUGUCAGGCGUCAUAAAUGCUGUCAGUGUAAAUACUUAUCCCCUCAUGCUCUAGCUGAUGUGCGAAAGCAUAUUAUGGGCUCGCAUUGUGGUAUUUCCACAAAACAUUUCCGUCACUGUUUGCAGGCUUCACGUCUAGAUAAUUCGGACUUUGGUCUCCUUUCAGAUGAUAGAUUGAUAAGAAUGGCUCAUGACUCUCGUUCUAAAAAACAUGAGAACAAUACCAACAACGUCAAUCCUGAAAAUGAUGAGAGUGAGGCGGGUAGCUUAGCGGAUGUUAGACUGAAUCACUCCACUCCUUCUCCCGAGAGCCGUGAACCUGAUGAAAAUGGUAUCUCAAGAUUCACUACAAUGAUUCCAGGUUCGAAAACCCCCGUGAAAGUACGAAUCCGAGGUCCCAUUCCACCUGGAGAAGCAGUGGCUAGUAGCACCCCUUUAACUCAGAGUUCAAUAUUUAUAAAUCCUUCCACAUCGAAUGAGUUCAUUGAUGGUUCGUUAACGAUCGACCUCGCAGAACUGAUAAAGGAAAAUCCUGCACUGGCCGGAGCGGAUAGGAUUGUUGAUCUACCUCUACCCUACUCCAAAAAUGUUCUUCGCAAGCUCCUGGAAAAUGCUGGUGCAACGCCUAAACAGAUCUUGGAAAUAAAUGAGAAGAUGGAGGUGUACAGCUUGAGGACAAUGAAACGUAUCUGUGCAGGAGAAAAGACACUGGCUUUCCGGUGCUCCUGUAAGCGACUCUUUGUGACUUCACGCCAACCAGAUGCUAAGAUGCGACCUGCAACACUAGCUGAUAGUCGGCGUCAUGUCAUGGGUGUUCACGCGAAAAUCUCCCAUGAGUUCAUAACGAUUUGUUGUCAGGCCUCGAGAAUUUGUCGGGAGAAUGGAUUUGAGCUCUUUAAUGAUGAAAUGCUCUUCCGUUUGGCUAUGGAUAGACCCAUUAAACUAAAUACUACAGAUGCCUCUUCAGACAAACUGUCUUCUCAUCAAACUCCUCGUACUGCAUCCUCAAGGAGUUCAACCUCAAGGUUAGGAUCGCUUCCGCCCUUGCGUCCCCUUGCCGAUAUAUCAGCUGAGAAUUCAGAAGAGGAAAAGACUGCGGUUAACAAUCGGUUCUCUUUACCCACUGUAUUGCAUGACUCGUCGACGGUCUCGAAUGGUGGUCUAGAUGAUGAAGACUCGGGAGAGUCAAUUGAUAUGUCUCGGGUACUCUCUUGUCUUAAUGAACAAGAUCCUGGAAGUGUUGAACGCAUAAUUGAUUUGCCCUAUUCAAGGACUGCUCUUGAAAGCCUUGUUCAUGACUAUUGCCCCGAGAACUACUUUUUGGUACUAAAAAAGAAGAUGCAAAUUUACACAAAAUAUAAGGUUUUUGUUCAACGUCGAAACAAACGACGCUAUUUCUGCUGCUCCGGCUGCUCAUCCAUUUCACCUCACGGUAUGGGAGAUAUCAGGAAACACAUUCUGGGCGUGCAUGCUAAAGUUCCCGAGCGAUAUAAAGCUGCCGCGAUGCAUUGCUCACGUUUGAGUCGUGAGGAUAACUCUCUACUUAGUGAUGAUAACCUUCUCCAGCUCGCCAAAAUGAAGUGGAAAGGCACUGUGAUCAGACCGCUUUCAGAGAUUUCCACGUUGCCAUCUUCAGAGGCACCAAGCACUUCUCGACAUCAACGUAACUCUGUGAUUAGAUUACCUGAACUUGAUAUCCCUACUUCUUCUACCCCGGCGGUUCUCAAUAGGACGUUAAAGGGUAGGCAAGCUAUCCCCUUCUAUUCAUGUUCUGCUUGUCGUGUGGCCUCUGAGGACCCUGCAGCUAUGCGAUCUCAUGUUGUAAGGGAACAUCUUGGUGUCCCGCCUUACGAAUGUCCCGAGUGUGCUGAAGCUUUCUUUACAUCCAGCAAUCUUGGUACUCAUUGCGCUUCUGCGCAUGAGAACUGUAUUCCAAUCAUUCCACCAACCUCAUUGGCCACUCCAUUUAGAUUGGCGAUGCAAUCGGUAAGUUAUUCA